AUGUAUCGAAGGCAGAGGAUCGAUUUCCUUGCUUGUGAAGAAAUACCCAGGGAAAUGCGUGAGUGCUUUAUCGUUACAAGAUACCGAAGACCGAAUUCUACAGUCGCCGAGUGCUUGCGUUCUGUCUUGCAACCCACAAACGAAACAUUUAACUUUUGGUCUCAUUGCAUCCCAUUGAUAUUUUUUCUGUAUCGCUUUGAUCAAUUACUCUUCAAGAACGAGGAGGUUCGCUAUGAUCAUUCAUUCCUUUUACCGAUGUGGUGCUUUGGAUUUGGGGUCAUAACAAUCUUUGCUGAAAGCUGCGCCGCACAUUUAUUUAACACUCUCUCACAGCAGCUCCGUCACAUCUUCUACUACUUGGAUUACGUCGCCUUCAACGUUUAUGGGUUUGGAUCCACCAUCGCCUGUUACUACUAUAUAUUCCCAUUGCUGACUGUCAUGAACCCUAUUCUGCUGGAAAAGAGUGGACAAUGUACAGAAUACACUGAUGUGGUCAAAUUUUAUUCUGCUUUCUGUAUUCCCGGGACUUUAUCGUUGCUCGUCAUUUGCACUAUUAUCAUUUGCAAAAGUUAUAUUGACUGGGCACAAUAUCGCUACACAGUCAGAGCAAUCGUGUUUCUCAUUCCACUCAGCGUGUCAGUGCCCAUAUUCAUAGAUAUUUUUUAUUUUGACUUUCCUUUAAAAAAUCCACACAUAUUUUUUCAUUUUUGGAGACAGCGCACAUGGCUUCUGUUCGCGAUCAUGUUUAAUGUGAGCAGAAUUCCAGAGAGGUUUUGGCCAGGUCAGUUUGAUGUGAUAGGACAGAGUCAUCAAUGGUUCCAUUUGUUUAGUUUCCUGACUGUUUAUGAUCAACUGUGUUAUUUGGAAUAUGGGUUCAACACUUUUGUUAAGUCUCCAGUAAUCAUCCCAAACUUUGCUGACACAGUGGGAGCAAUGCUCCUUUUGUUACUGAGCUUUUUACUGGUAAUUAAAGGAAUUGCUUAG